AUGAAGAUCCAGCUGCUGGUCUCUACAGGGAUCCUGCUGGUCGCUCUCUCGCCUUGCCAUGAGUGCAGAGCCCUGGGCAAGGGCGUCCCCGCCGCCGACGGCGCUCCGCAGCAGCCCGAUCUGCCCCCGUCGCUGCCCAUCUUGCUCCGCAUGGGGGAAGAGUAUUUCUUGCGCCUGGGCAACCUGCACAAGAGCCCCCCCGCCGCCUCCUCCAGCGGCGGCAGCAGCCACCACCUAGCCGCGUCUGCCUCGGCCGGCAACUUUUUCCGGGCAGCUGUGCAACAGCUGCAGCACCUGCCGCGCCUGCCCGAGCGCUCGCUAGAGGGCGCCGCCGAGCCCUGGGAAGGCGACGAGGACGGCGGCGCCCCCCGGGAAGCCUGGGCGCCGGAGAAGCGCUCCGAAGAGCCCCCCAUCUCCCUGGACCUGACUUUCCACCUCCUCCGGGAAGUCCUGGAGAUGGCCCGCGCCGAGCAGCUGGCGCAGCAGGCCCACAGCAACAGGAAACUGAUGGAGAUCAUCGGGAAGUGA